ACGUCGUCGUCAUCAUCAUCAUCACAAGCUUGAUUUUCUUUUUGAAACACGCCGAGAAGUAAACAGAUCGAUCAUACACAACAAUUUUCUUAGUCGCUGUGUGAAAUUUUGUUUUCUGUUGCGAAUUGGAGCAGAUACGUAAUGUCUAUUUGAUCCCUAGGAAGAUUUCGUUCAUUCACCUCUCAAUCGACCAGAAACCAGAUCUUAAUUCGGAAUCAAUCAAUACAGAUCUGAUCUACCUGGCUCCGGAUAAUUGAUGGCAGGGGCGGCCUCUGCGCUGUUCCUCCUCGACAUCAAAGGCCGUGUUCUGGUGUGGCGCGACUACCGUGGCGACGUGUCUGCAGUUCAGGCCGAACGUUUCUUCACCAAACUGAUUGAAAAAGAGGGUGAUCAAGAUUCUCAAGAUUCUCAAGGUCCAGUUGUCUAUGAUAAUGGUGUCACUUAUAUGUUCAUACAACACAGCAAUAUAUAUCUAAUGAUUGCUUCGAGACAGAACUGUAAUGCUGCUAGUCUUCUCCUAUUUCUACACCGUUUAGUUGAUGUGUUUAAGCAUUACUUUGAGGAGUUGGAAGAGGAAUCACUUCGAGAUAACUUUGUUGUAGUGUAUGAGUUGCUUGAUGAAAUGAUGGACUUUGGUUACCCUCAAUUCACUGAAGCUAAAAUCCUUAGUGAGUUCAUCAAGACUGAUGCAUAUAGGAUGGAAGUUUCACAGAGACCUCCCAUGGCUGUUACAAAUGCUGUCUCAUGGCGUAGUGAAGGAAUACAUUACAAAAAGAAUGAGGUGUUUCUGGAUGUUGUGGAGAGUGUGAAUAUGCUCGUGAACAGCAAUGGGCAAAUAGUUAGAUCAGAAGUCGUUGGUGCAUUGAAGAUGCGGACUUAUUUGAGUGGUAUGCCUGAGUGUAAGCUUGGACUGAAUGAUAGAGUAUUAUUGGAGGCACAAGGACGAACUACUAAGGGAAAAGCCAUAGACUUGGAUGACAUUAAGUUCCACCAAUGUGUGCGAUUGGCUCGAUUUGAAAAUGAUAGGACAAUAUCAUUUGUGCCUCCUGAUGGAGCGUUUGACCUGAUGACAUAUCGACUUAGCACUCAGGUGAAGCCUUUGAUUUGGGUGGAAGCUCAAAUUGAAAGGCAUUCAAGAAGCCGGAUGGAAAUUAUGGUAAAAGCCAGGAGUCAAUUCAAGGAGCGAAGCACUGCAACAAAUGUCGAAAUUGAACUGCCUGUGCCAGCGGAUGCUACAAACCCUAAUAUUCGAACCUCCAUGGGAUCUGCUUCCUAUGCACCAGAAAACGAUGCUCUCUCCUGGAAAAUUAAAUCUUUUCCAGGUGGUAAGGAAUAUAUGUUGAGAGCUGAGUUUAGUCUUCCGAGUAUAACAGCGGAAGAAGCGGUCCCCGAGAGAAAAGCUCCUAUCCGUGUCAAAUUCGAGAUACCAUAUUUUACGGUCUCAGGAAUUCAGGUUCGUUAUCUAAAGAUUAUUGAAAAGAGUGGUUACCAAGCUCUUCCGUGGGUUCGAUAUAUAACAAUGGCGGGUGAAUACGAACUAAGACUUAUGUGAAUUGUUUGUUUGUUUGUUAUUGUUGUUGUUGUUGUUGUUUCAUGCACUUAUUAAAGGAAACUUGUAACUUGUCAUCAUGUUGUUUACCUACAAAAAAAAAAAAAAAAAACCUUUUUUUUGUGUAUUUUUUUGGAACCUCAAAUCUGUAAUUACAUUUUAGACAUUUCUA